UUGAGUUCGUCGCCAUAUUUAAAUUACUUUUAAUGCUAGUGCUUGCAGUGUAUCGCAAUAUUUGGAUAAUAAAAUUUCCACUGUUCGUUUAAUUUAGAUAUGGGCGCGAUGGAUUUGUUGCACUUGGUUUUUUAGUUUUAGCUAUAGAAGAAAAGAAAAGUAAGAUAAGUUAAUGAGGAAAAAAAAUCUUCGUAUGUAGCUCUCUCAAAGAAAAAGACAAACAGGAUUUUAUUUCAUGUUCAUAGAAAUAUUGAAUACAACUACAAGUCAAAGAAAGUCAUCAUUUCACUCUAUAAGGUUUAAAUACAGUAAAAAUGGUUUUAUGGCACUUAGUCAGAAAAUCGGUUUUUGGAGGAAUCAGGACUGGGUUUGUUCCAGGCUUUUGUUACUCAGGACAGACCUGGAGGUGUUGUCAUGAAGGAGCAGUGCUGUUGGAGGACAUUCGGAAAGAAAUGGCAGGCUACACUGGUGGGCAGGUUGAUCUCACUAAAGACGAAUCCACUGGAGUAGCAACAAUAACAUUAAAUAAUCCAGAUCGAAGAAAUGCUCUCUCAGGUCAUAUGAUGGUACAGUUAGCUGAUGCAGUCAGUAACCUGGAAGAAUGGAAAUCUGGUAAAGGAGUCCUCCUGUGUGCUAAUGGUAGCUUCUUCUGCUCAGGAGGUGAUCUCAACACAAUACGAAAGAUUAAUAACCCUGAAGGAGGAUUACGCAUGUCUAUCUUUGUACAUGAUACCCUGUCCAGACUUCAGAACCUACCAAUGAUAAGUGUAGCUGUAGUACAAGGUAAAGCACUGGGUGGUGGGGCUGAGUUGACCCUUUCUUGUGACUUUCGCCUCAUGACUUCAGAAGCAAAGCUUCAGUUUGUUCAAGCUAAAAUGGGUGUAACACCUGGAUGGAGGGGUGGGACUCGAUUGGUCCACCUAGUAGGGCCAGCUAAGGCUCUACAGCUGCUAGUAUCUUGUGAAAAGCUGUCGGCACAUGACUGCUUGCAGGCUGGCUUGGCUUCAGCCAUACUGGACACUGGUCAUGACCCACAGCGUCAGGCUCUAAAUUGGUUGCUGAAGAAUACUGCUGGAUCAACUGAAGUUAUUAGAGCUACAAAGAUGGUAGUUGCUAAUGCACAAAGUUUACCACUUGAAGAAUCACUAAAGAGAGAAAGGUUAAUUUUUUCAACUGUGUGGGGGGGUCCUGCUAAUAUUGCAGCUCUCCAAGAGAACAUUAAGCAUCGUUGACUAGCCACUUCUGAUGAUCAUGAAAACUAGCCUUAUUUAUGUAUUUUUAAUUUAGCUAUACUUUGUAAUAUAAAGAUUUCAAUAUAUACAAAUUCUUAAACAUCUUAACUAUCGGUAAUUUAGCAUUCAUAAGUUAAGGUAUUGCUUCUUGCCACUAGUAAUGCUAGACUAGUAGUGUAGACAUCUAAAUUUCAAAUUUGUCAAAAACAAACAAAGACAAGCUGUGAAGUCAUGAAUUGGAGAUUAUUCAUAUUUACAGAAAACAUGAUCAUAAAUAGAAAUGUUUUGAGAGUUAAGUAAAUUAAAAGUUUCAUAUAUAACUGCAAAAUUCACAAAAUUAUUACAAGAUCAGAUAUACCAAUAAACUCGUCAGGUUUUGGCUAUAAUCUAUUACUUAAAAAAGAUUUUUAUAUGCAACCUUUCCUCAUUGCCCCAUUUGUAAGGACCUUGAGCGAGCUAUGAUGUACUGUGUGUACUUACUUGAUUUAUUAACAGUCAUCGAAUUUGAAUUUUCUUUUAUGUAUUGAUGGAGUUGCCUGGAGGUUGAUAUAAUGUACAUAGUUUUGCAUACUACAAUAAAUGUUUUCAUUUAUAAAUAUUUAUGUUAAAUCUGAAAAAAAAGUUGUAAUUUUCAUUUGAGAGUUAAAUUCUUUACAGUUAGUCAGUAUGUGAUUAAUUUUUCAGUAAAAUUGAUUUUCAACAAUUAAUAUACUAGUAUUGCUAUAUACCAGAAAUCUUUAAGUAUAUAAUAUUACCAAUUAAAACAUCUAAUGUAGUAUGUUCAUUUAAAUUUCCUAGACUCCUUUCUAGUUAUAUUGGUUAUAACGUAUAUGAAAGAACAUGUAACUUUGAAGCCCAAUAACAAAGUAUGUGUAAUCAUGCUCUUGGUGAAUGGAAUACAGUGAGAAUGUCGUAGUUUGUAAUCAUGCUCUUGGUGAAUGGAAUACAGUGAGUAUGUCGUAGUUUGUAAUCAUUCUCUUGGUGAAUGGAAUACAGCAGGUAUAUCGUAGUUUGUAAUCAUGCUCUUGGUGAAUGGAAUACAGCAGGUAUAUCGUAGUUUGUAAUCAUGCUCUUGGUGAAUGGAAUACAGUAGGUAUAUCGUAGUUUGUAAUCAUGCUCUUGGUGAAUGGAAUACAGCAGGUAUAUCAUAGUUUGUAAUCAUGCACUUGGUGAAUAGAAUUCAUCAAGUAUAUCGUAGUUUGUAAUCAUGCUCUUGGUGAAUGGAAUACAGCAAGUAUAUCAUAGUUUGUUCAAGAUUCUUGCAGUAGGUAGUGAUGAUAAAAGUUAGUGUAUUUUUAAUAAAUAGCUUAAGGCUACAGCUUUUAAUCUUUUGUUAUUAAUAUGAGAGGAAGUUAUUUUGAGUAGACACUAAAUGUUGUUACAUACAGAAUCACUAGCAUAAAAAUUUCAAAUCUAAAUUAGCUGCUGAACUUUGUUACCCACAAAAAUAUUAAUGUGAACUUUUCAAACAGACUUGCUACUGAAUGUGUUUACAUAAAAAUAUUAGUGAGAAAAUACCCAUUCUAAAUUAGCCACUGGAUUACAUAUUAAGCAUAUAGAAUUAUUGAGUUAUUUGUUCAUAUUAAACUUUCAUGGGAGUGCAAUAAUAAUUAACAAACUCUGUAAAGACCCCAUUUAUAUUCAAAAUCUUCAAAGUCAUCAUUAUAACCACAUUUGGCACUGAGGUUUAUUUACUGUUUACUUCUAUAUUACUGUAUUGGAUUUGUAAUAAAUCACUUUCUCUAAAGAAGAAUUAGUUUAAUGAUUCUUGUUUGUAUGCAGGUGGCUUAUUGCAAUAUAUUUACUUUGAAUAACACAAGGCACUAAGUGACGCUAUACAGUAACAUACAUAUGUAUAGUGUGUAGAAGUUUCUGAAGAAGACUUGCUUAGGUUAUUGCCAUAUAUGUACAGCCUGGGAGAAAGAUGUUUUAGAGUGUACACUUGAUUACCUUUUUAAAGUGUGUGAGAAUUCAUGCCUUACUAAAGUGUUCUAAACAUGUAUGUAUUUGAAGUUAUCUUUAUUAUUUACAAAGAUCUGUUCCUAUUCUUGUUGGUUAAAACUAUAUCUACCUAUCCACAUACAUAUAUAUAUAUGUGUGUGUGUGUGUGUGUGUGUUAAAACAUGUGAAAUAAAAAUUAGCAUAGCAUUAUUAUUGCUAAUGCAGUUAUCACUUUGCUGUUUAAUAUACAAGAGCUGUUAAGUGUUUGCUGAAAGUGUUUUUGUAUUUUUACUGCAUACAAGUUUAUUUUUUCAUCCUGUACUGCUAGCCUUAUUGUUCCCUUACAUUGUUUGUAGCUUAAGGGUAUUUAUUUAUUUGAACAAGAAUAUUUUCUGUUUAUUAAAAUUUAUUUUACAUUUUCAUUAUUUUAUGAAAGACUGCUAAGACUUAAAUAUAUGAAAUUGAUUCUUAUAAAUACAGAUAUACAUGGUAUUGCAUGCUGUCAUAUUACUAAAGUGUCUAAUGAUACUGUGCCCUUCUGUGGAGAGAUGUAUUUAUAUUUUUGUGCACUAUAUAUUUAAUUGUGUAAAAAUGAAAUGCAUAAUUUUUAUGUCAGAAAUAAUAUAUCUUACACACACCAGGAAAUAACUGGGUAAAAAUGCAAGGGAAGUUCAUGUAAGACAUUUUUACAACUACAAAGAAAAUUGUAUUCGACUUUUUAGUGUUCAUGAAGCUAACUAAAGUGUAUAUUGUCUAAAAUGCACACUCAGUAUUUUCCCAUGACAAUUGUUUCAGUUGUCACUUUAAAAUACAACCAACCUGUAUAACUUCUAUAAAAAAAAAAAUGAAAUAAAGUUAAAUAAAUCAAAAUGUUCAGUACAUAAUAAGUAUAUUUCUUUAGUACAUGAAUAUUCAUGUGAUUGUCAUACCACAAAUUCAAUGUCUGUAGUCUUGUAUCAAAUAUUCUUAGUGCUUUAGGAAUCUAGAUACUACUUUGGCAUAUGUUUGUUUCAUGAGCAGUGAACAACCAAAUAGAGUAAACAUAAUGUUAAUCAAGAUGUGCAGUUUUUUUAAUGUGUGGGUACUGACCUCAUAUGAAGUGUUCAAAAUAUGUAAUUUGUGGAGCAGUUAGAUUUAAUGAAAAAUAUGCAUUUCUGUACCUAUUUAUUGGUAAAUUAAGAAAUAGAUUAAUCUUUGGGCAUUACAGUGUGCCCUGGAUGUAUUUAUCAGUUCUUCAGAUCUUUCUUAUGUAAAAUAUAAUAUAUUACAUAUCAAUUAUGUUUUAGUUAUUUUGAAUAGUAGCUGCUUCUUGGGGCUCCAACCCCAAUAUUUUUAGUAGCUAGCAAUGCCCCUGGACUAAUCCACUAGAUUAACUAGCAUACAUAGGCUAUACUGUCCUAUCUUUUAUAACUUUCCAACCUAUGUAAAAUAUGUGCAACUAUUGAGAGGGACUAAUUAGAAUACAAACGAACAGAUAGUAUAUACAUUCUUCAACUAAAAAACAGAAAUAGAUUUCAAUAAAAACUAUUUUAUAAAUUUGGAACAUCUAUUAUCAUUAAUUUCUGGUCAAAGCAAACUACUUUCAUAUAUCAGAACUAAAACAUAACCCAGUAAUUAAUACAUCAUAUUUAUUAUGAUGAUCUAACUACGAAUAUUCAAUAUCAUAAAAAAAACAACUUAUAAUGGUUAGAGCACAUUGAUUCAUUAGCUUGGUAUCCUCACUGUUAAGGAUAUUUUCAGCCAUAAUCCCAAAGGUGUUGUACUGUACACCAAAGGAAAGAGUUGCAGACAAGGCAUUUUUUAAGCAUAUUUUCAUGGAGUUGGUCCAUUGGACUGACUACAUAUUGGAAAAGGAAUGUUGACUAUAAUUCUAAGUUUGCUACAUAUAUCUACAAAAAAUGUGGCAAUAUUUUAGUAAUAGGUACAAGUCUUUUGUACUCAGGAUGUGUGUGUGUGAAUUGCUGAUGUCAAUCUGACUGACAAGUCAGUGUGCAAGGUGAUGUUCACAUGAAGGAUAAAAAUACUUAUGUCCAUCAUAUAAUUUGUAUAUUGCAGUUGCACAACCACUAGAACGUUCAAAAUGCAUAUUUACAAUGUUUUCAGUAUCCCCAUGUAUUAUAUAUGGUACUUACUCUCCUCUAUGAUAAACUUUCACUAAAUUAGCAAUGUAGGGUAAAAUGAAUAGUUGAUCAUAUACACAAUACCAUGUUGAAUGUCACCCUGUAAAAGGUUGUGAUAUGUGCGAUUUGACCCCCACUGUGUACAUAGUGUUAAGCAUGCACAAAUUAUUUAUAAAUUUGGCAUGUACUUUAAACAACACUGAUAAUGUUUGGUUUUAACUUUUAUAAAA